CAACAAUAAUGAGCGUAGAAGAUUUCUGGAAUGAAAGGAAAAUUAACGAUCCAAUUCAUGGAUAUAUAACUUUAGAUACUCUAUGCUUCAGUGUUAUCGAUACACCACAAUUCCAGCGUCUCCGUUAUCUCAAGCAGCUUGGGUCUUCUUACUUCGUCUUCCCGGGAGCGACGCAUAACAGGUUUGAGCAUUCUAUCGGUACGGCCUGGCUAGCGAAUCAAUUAGUUACUCUCCUCCAAUCACGUCAGCCAUAUUUGAAUAUUGACGAUAGGGAUAUACGUUGCGUAACAUUGGCUGGUCUAUGUCAUGAUCUCGGGCACGGUCCAUAUAGUCACGUAUUCGAUAACACGUUCAUUCCAGCUACAUCUCCAAAUCUUAAGUGGAGUCAUGAAGUCGCGUCAGAAAUGAUGCUUGAAGCAUUGUUUAAUGGUAUGCGGCAACGCAGCACGUUGGAUUUCCCACGAGAUGAGCUGGAAUUCAUUCAGGACCUCAUACGUGGUCGUCCACGUCCUAAUACAGACAGACAAGAGAAGCCAUUCUUAUUUCACAUUGUAGCGAACAACGAGAAUGGCUUGGAUGUUGAUAAGUUUGACUAUAUGGCCCGCGAUACACGUAAUGUUGGUGUUAACAGCACUCACGAUACAUCUCGUAUACUCCAAUCAGCGAGAGUUAUCGAUGACAAACUCUGCUAUGAUCAUAAGGAAGUUAUAAACAUUGCAGAGUUGUUUCACACUCGUUGGUCACUCCAUCGUAGAAUAUAUACCCAUAAAGCAUCACAAGCUAUUGAAUACAUGAUAGUAGACGCGCUGGUCGCUGCAGAUGACUACUUAGGGAUUUCAAAGAAGAUCUCUAAUCCAGAUGAAUAUCUUCACCUUACAGAUUCAGUUAUCGAGGAAAUAAAUAGAUCAACAGCCAAAGAGCUAGGACCUGCUAGGGAUAUUCUUCAACGGUUAUAUCUUCGUGAUUUAUACAGAUGCGUCGAUCAUUCAGUAUACCCAUCUAGCGAAUUCACGAAAGAAGAUAUCGAAAAUUUGAACUCAGAAUUUGUUGCAUCACAUGCGCCUGAUAAUGUUGAACUAACUGCUGAUGAUAUUAUCGUCGAUUGGACACGUAUACACCAUGGCAUGAAACAGGAGGAUCCUGUGAGCAAGAUUUGGUUCUUUAGUAAAUACGGUCAAGGACCAGACUAUAAAUUUAAGUUGCGUAGAGAUCAAUCACUCUACGCACGUCCUGAACAUUUUGAAGAGUUAUGGUUGAGAUGCUUUACGAAAGAUGCCAGCAAAUUCGGAGCUGUUCAACAUGCAUUCAGAGCUGCUAGAUUAGAAUUAGAGAAGCGCAAUGAUAUAGCUAUUGAAUCAUCAUCUAGCCAGGGCACUCUAGCUGAGGAGAGUCAAGUGGACACACCUCAAACGCAACGUUCAAAUGGAAAGAAGACUAGAUCACUCGCGCGCAUGCCGUCAUUCCCUAACGAUGCAGAAACCGUACCAUUAGAUUACGCUCAUCCUAUUUCAAAGUAUAGCUCACCAGAUUCAUUUAAAGCUGGAAACAAAACACGCAAAAGAGAGUCACUUGGAGGUCUAUCAAAGAGAC